AUGUCGAAACGAACGAGUUCUAAUGUCGUCUCCAAGGCGAAGAGCGAGCCUAAUGUCGAAGAACAGAAACAGAUGCUCGCGGAUGACACGAGACAUUUCAGUAUGAUCCGCAUGCUGCAUCUCGCGGAUUUGAUUACCGAGUUGAAUGGCUUCUGCGGUGUCAUGUCCAUCUUCUCAUCCAUGAGAUACUGUCUCGGUCCCCCAUCCGCAACGGCGAAUCUGUGGGCCGCGCUGGCGUUUAUGCCGUUUGGAUUAUUUUUCGAUUUUAUGGAUGGCAAGGUUGCGAGGUGGAGGAAGAAGAGUAGUCUUAUGGGACAGGAGUUGGAUUCGUUGGCGGAUUUGGUCUCCUUCGGCGUCUCCCCCGCCGCCGCCGCCUUCGCAAUCGGCAUCCGCACUCCCCUCGACCACCUCUUCCUCACAUUCUUCGUGCUCUGCGGCCUCACGCGUCUGGCGCGUUUCAACAUCACCGUCGCCAACGUCCCCAAAGACGCCACGGGCAAAUCCAAGUACUUUGAGGGCACGCCGAUCCCUACCUCGCUCAGUAUUGCAGGGCUAAUGGGGUAUUGGGUUUCCAAAGGAUGGAUUGGUGAUAAUAUCCCAAUGGGUGUGGUGGGCCAGGGAACGAUUUUCGAGUUCCAUCCUGUGGUGGGACUGUUUGUGCUUUGGGGCGCGAUGAUGUGUAGUAAGAGUAUUCAUAUUCCUAAGCCUUAG